AGCCAGCCAGCACGUGCAGCCGCCCAGGGGAGGAGGAGGCUGGGCUAACGCAGCCCUUAGUCAGCAGCUGGGCUCGCUUUUGAAACAAAAGCCAAUGUCCUCCCUCGGAGUCCGCGGCCGGUCAGUUCCUAGGGGGAAGAAAGCCAUGCUGCCCAGCCGGUAAGUCCAGCUGUGAGCGGGGUGUUCUGUUCUUCACUUCCAGCAAGCCAGAGUUUUAUAAAUGGACACUGACAUGGACUACGAAAGACCCAACGUUGAAACCAUCAAGUGUGUGGUUGUGGGCGACAACGCAGUGGGGAAGACGCGUCUGAUCUGUGCCAGAGCAUGCAACACCACGCUGACGCAAUACCAGCUUCUGGCCACCCACGUACCAACUGUGUGGGCAAUUGACCAAUACCGUGUCUGCCAGGAGGUCUUAGAGCGAUCCCGGGAUGUUGUUGAUGAAGUAAGCGUUUCUCUCAGACUUUGGGAUACUUUUGGUGAUCAUCACAAAGACAGGCGUUUUGCAUAUGGCAGGUCUGAUGUUGUGGUCCUCUGUUUUUCAAUCGCUAAUCCCAAUUCCCUAAAUCAUGUGAAAACCAUGUGGUAUCAAGAAAUCAAGCACUUUUGCCCCCGCACACCUGUUGUCCUAGUUGGCUGCCAGCUUGAUCUCCGCUACGCCGAUCUGGAGGCUGUUAACCGAGCCAGACGCCCAUUAGCAAGGCCCAUUAAAAGAGGGGAUAUUUUGCCCCCAGAAAAAGGCCGAGAGGUUGCAAAGGAGCUUGGCAUACCGUACUAUGAGACAAGUGUGUUUGACCAGUUUGGAAUCAAGGAUGUGUUUGACAAUGCAAUCCGCGCAGCGCUGAUUUCCCGCCGGCACCUGCAGUUCUGGAAGUCCCACUUAAAGAAAGUCCAGAAACCUUUGCUACAGGCCCCCUUCCUACCUCCAAAAGCCCCUCCACCUGUCAUCAAAAUUCCAGAGUGUCCUUGCACAGGGACGAAUGAAGCUGCCUGUUUACUGGACAAUCCUCUUUGUGCCGAUGUCCUGUUCAUCCUUCAGGACCAGGAGCACAUCUUUGCACAUCGAAUUUACCUUGCUACCUCUUCUUCCAAAUUUUAUGAUCUUUUUUUAAUGGAAUGUGAAGAAUCCCCAAAUUGGAGUGAGGGAGUUUGUGAGGAGAUGCAGAGUAGGGAAUUCCAGGAGCGGACGCUGAGUCUUGACCCAGAUGAGGAAGGGGAGAGAGGCCCCCUAAGGACACCUCAGGCAGAUGAGGGGACAUCUUCAAGCAAAGACAUGUCAGAAAGUCUGGGGCUGGAGGUCGAGGGCGCAGCUCCUGAAAUGCAGAGCUUGUCAGGCUGGAGUAAGGGGUUCAUUGACAUGCACAAGGAAAUGCAAGUCAAUCCCAUUUCCAAGCGGGUGGGCCCCUUGAUGGUGGUAAGGAUGGACUCAUCUGUACAGCCAGGCCCUUUCCGGACCCUGCUCCAGUUUCUUUAUACAGGACAACUGGAUGAAAAGGAAAAGGAUUUGGUGGGGCUGGCUCAGAUUGCAGAGGUCCUGGAGAUGUUUGAUCUGAGGAUGAUGGUAGAAAAUAUCAUGAACAAGGAAGCCUUCAUGAACCAAGAGAUUACGAAGGCCUUUCACGUCAGGAAAGCCAACCGGAUAAAAGAAUGUCUCAGCAAGGGGACAUUCUCAGAUGUGACAUUCAUGUUGGAUGACGGAGCUGUCAGUGCCCACAAGCCACUGCUGAUCUGUAGUUCUGAGUGGAUGGCCGCCAUGUUCGGGGGGUCCUUUGUGGAGAGUGCCAACAGUGAGGUAUGUCUCCCAAGCAUAAACAAAAUGUCGAUGCAAGCAGUGCUGGAUUAUCUCUAUACCAAACAGUUGUCACCUAACUUGGACCUGGACCCACUGGAAUUAAUUGCCUUGGCAAACAGAUUUUGCCUGCCACACUUGGUAGCACUUGCAGAACAGCAUGCCGUUCAGGAGCUGACCAAGGCCGCAGUGAGUGGCGUGAGCAUUGAUGGGGAAGUGCUCUCUUACUUGGAACUGGCCCAGUUUCACAAUGCUAACCAGUUGGCUGCUUGGUGUUUGCAUCAUAUCUGCACCAACUACAACAGUGUUUGUUCCAAGUUUCGCAAGGAAAUCAAAUCAAAAUCUGCAGAAAACCAGGAGUACUUUGAGCGGCAUCGCUGGCCCCCAGUGUGGUACUUGAAGGAGGAAGACCACUACCAGCGUGUGAAAAGGGAGCGGGAAAAGGAAGAUAUUGCACUAAACAAACAUCACUCAAGACGCAAGUGGUGCUUCUGGAAUUCAUCUCCAGCAGUCGCCUGAAAGAAGAAGAGAGAAGACCCGUCAGUAAUUUGAUAUACCACUUUUAAAAGCACUACUGUAAAAUUAGUCUUCUUAUUAGAGAUACGGUGUAGUUCAGGUUACAGGCACUGACCUUGCUCCACUUUUGUGCAUUUAUCUUCUUUAGGAUCUAAGCACAAGCUCACCAUCGACAGCCUGGACAAAAAGGGAAGCUGAUUCUCACUGCAUUCCUUAAACUGAUACAUAUAUUUUUUUGUUAGGAGGCUUAAAAAAUUUUAGUCUGUUAUUUUGUUUCUUUUUAUACAAAGAAAAAAAAAAUUCAGCUUUCAUGUUUCAGAUUCCAAAUUGGAAACUAUUUUUAUAUGGUCUCUUGUAUUUUGUUGAAAUAAAAAUACUGUGUAUUACUUUAUUUUACAGGCCACAAAUUGACCAUGAAGUUGCCCUGUGAGUGUCUUGGCCCAUGCCAAGCAUAAUUACAUAAUUAGAGGGUUAUCCUUUUGUUGUGAAGUAAAGGGUUGGACUGAAAUCCCCCAAAGUGCAAGCUGAAAGUGCUUCAUCUUUGUUCUGCUGAAUAACAUUGGUAUAAUUACCAACCCGACUCCAAGAAUGUGUAUUUACAAUGUUUGCUGUGUAAGUGUUAGUGAUUAUAUGGUUUAUAUGUGCCAUGUAAAAUAUAGUGGUAUCAAAUACUCUGUUGUUUGAAAUAUCUACAUUCAAGAGGAUAAUCUUUAUACUCAUUAGAAGGGCUUAUUAAAUCCCAGCAUUAUCCAGGGCAAACUCACCGGGGGACCUGAAUACGUACAAUACAUUAGAACACUGGUGUUUGGAUUGCUGUAGUAGGUCUGUGUCCCUCUGUGUUCCUUGAUCUUUCCAUGCUUCUGCAUGUAGACUCUCCACUGACUUGAAUUUAAAUGAGUAAGGGACAGGGUCUCUGGACUCGUCCCACCAUCUACAGGUUGGUCUCCUCUUACCACCAGAAACGGGCUUCCUCAGGUCUCUCACCUGUGGCCAACUUCACUUUGUAUGACACAUAUUUUUAACUCUUCCCAGGGAAAAUUCAUGUCACUGCAGAAGGAGGCUAAAGCAGAUCCCCCACUCCUGUGAAAUCCAUCAGGGCCUGUGAAAGCACAAAGCUGGAGGCUGGGUCCCUGCCUCCUCCAACACAGAAAGGAAUCUGAUCUCAAGAGUCUAGGAAAUGGUGCUAUUGCGAAUUAGUACUGACCCUUUGUCCUUCUGAGUUUUCAGUGUUAAAGCAGAAAGUGUAGAGCAGGGGAGCUGAUGAGAGGCAGUCAAAUCAUUGCUUCUCUGUACAUUAAAAUGUUACAGCACACACACACACACACACACACGUACACACACACACACACACACAUACACACACGUACACACACGUACACACACACAUACACACACACACGUACACACACACACACACACACACACAUACACACACAGAGCAUUAUAAAGGGCAGAGCUCCGUACCUGCCAAUGGGAUAUUGUGUGGUGGGCACUGGGCUCAUCCUGUUGGGAGGUCAACUUACUGAUGCUAAGGGCUGUUGUUUUUAUUUUUGUUUUCUAGCUUUUCAAAAAAAAAUAGAAAAGGCACACAGUUUCAAAUGCCAUGUGCAUUUGAAAAUAUCUAUAUUACAGGUGGUCAUUUGUUCCUGGAAGUGGAAGCACACCAGAUAUAAGAGCUUAGAGAAGUCCAGAAAUGCAUCACCCUCUCAUAGAAAAGAGGGGGCAUAGAAUAGGAACAGUGACGACUGCACCCACCUCAAUUUUUUAAUAGGGUUGUAAAUCAUUAAUAGGACAAGACAGAAUGAGAGGGUAAAUGUCAAGACUCAGUGAGAAUUGGCAUGUAUCCCAUCUUAAAAUGAUAGAGGUUGAGUUUUCAAUGAGUAGUCAUAGUUGAAUUUAUACAACCAAAGCUCCCAUUUGAUUGUAAUCUUGCCAAAACGUUGUGGACAUGACAACGCACGGGGUAUAAGCAAUAAUAUCCACUUGUGUUGUUAGCAGCUACUGUAACCAAGUGGCACUCAUUUGGUCGAUGCUGAUUAUGGCCUUUAACCAUGGUGGUUUGUUUCAUGUUUUUUAUUUCACAAAAAGCCAAUAAAAUUGUUUAACUAUAAAAAAAGCCUCCAGUUUUGUUUCACAGACGCAAAUCAUAUCAUGUGAAUAAUUUAAUAGCUUUUUAAAAACUAUCAACACUUAAGCUGACUGCCAGUGGCUCAUACCUGUAAUCCUAGCUACUUGGAGGCAGAGAUCAGGAGGACUACAGUUUUAGGCCAACCCUAGGAAAUAGUUGGAGAGGCUCUAGCUCAAAAAUAUCCAACACAGUGAAAGGCUGGAAGAGUAGCUGAAGGGGUAGACUGCCUGCCUAGCAAGCAUGAGGUCCUGAAUUCAAACCCCAGU